AUGUCGAGCACGGCAUUCACAUCGUCCCUCAGUAACUGGGACUUGUAUCCCACCAAUGGUUCCAUUACUCCCCAUCUUCUGCUUGUCGGGGCCCAAAUCCUAUUCCUCAGUGGCCCACAUUUUCACGGUCGACGGACUCUUGCUGCGACAACGAUCCUGAGUCUAGCAGCCAUUGCGCAAUACAACCGAUUCACCAAUAACCCUGGAGUCGCCAAUCUGUUCGCACUGGCCUGGCCGCAUUGGCUCUCCGCCGUGGAGAAGAUUGUCUUUGCCUCCCCCGAGGGACCUGAAGCAGACUUAUGGAGAGUAGACCGUGUCCCUCGCGAGGCAAUGUCCUGGCCUGUGUUCGGAUGGCGAAAGGUAAAAUGGGCCGUGACUCUCUUGUUGAACCUGCGAGGCAUCCGCUGGAGCUUCCAAGUCAAAAACGUACCUAAAAUGCCAGAGCGCAUGACGCGUGGUCAGUUCCUGCGGUGGCGACUAGGCGAGUUGGUAUGGGUCUUGCUGAUGACGGAUCUGGUCUCCCAAAUGAUGCUUCGUUUCUUCUUCACGGAUGCUGCGGGAGCUUUGGGAAAUCUGGAUUCUAAGUAUAUCACCAUCCGCGAUGCUCGUUGGGGUUGGAGUCUUCUGAAAGCAUUGACAUUUGGACUGGGUCCAUACUUUUUUAUCAACAUGCAGUACUUGGUGGUAUCCAUCCUGGCAGUAGCCAUGGGGAUUAGUCGGCCUGAGGUAGGCUCCUGUCCACCACGCAGGAGCAAUAGACAGCCAUGCUAA